CUGCCCGUAUGAAGACAGCCGUCAUUGCUGUACAUCCAGCUCUUCCUACAACCAUCACUUUCAACGCUCUUUCUCUCUCUUUUCAAAGAGAUUAUUCUUCUUUAUUUAUGGGGUUUCUCUGUAAUUAAGAAAGAGAUAAAUUAAAAACUGCUGAAAGGAAGCCUUCCCAACACACACAUAUUUCCUGUGUAUGUAUCUCUGCAAUGAAUCUGUAGGUGUGUGCGUAAUUAUCAGAUAAAGAGCUGAUCACUGCAGAUUUCAAAGAUAGAAAAAGAAGCUGCUCGGGGGAGCUGGAUUCAAGACUCAGUUCAAAGAAGCUUGGGAGCCAAGAGUUUUGGUUAAAGGCACAUGCUUUGCUUCUUUACGUGAGGGCUUUAAAGUACAAGCUUUUUUUAGCAUUGCUUUGGGGAGUUUGGGGUACAUAUUCCAUCAAACAUCCAUAGGAAGAUUACUUCAUGCAUAUUGCUGACACCUGGAAAGGAAGAUGGCUGCAGAACUUGUUAAUUCUGCGACAAGUGAUAAACUUACUGAGACAGAUUGGAUGAAAAACAUCAAAAUUUGUGAAUUAGUUGCUCAUGAUCACGGGCAAGCUAAAGAUGUUAUUAAAGCUAUAAAGAAACGCCUUGGUAGUAAAAGUCCAACUACUCAAUUGUUUGCGGUGACAUUGCUGGAGAUGCUAAUGAACAAUAUCGGAGAUCCUGUUCACAAGCAGGUUAUAGAUACAGGAAUUCUCCCAGUCCUUGUAAAGAUAGUAAAGAAAAAGUCAGAUGUACCCGUGAGAGAAAAGAUAUUUCUUCUUCUAGAUGCUGCACAGACUUCCGUUGGUGGGGCUUCUGGGAGAUUCCCUCAAUAUUAUUCUGCAUAUUAUGAGCUGGUGAGUGCAGGAGUGAAGUUUCCUGAAAGACCGAAUGCUGUCCCAAAAGAGCAUCGCCCAUCAUCCAAUGAUAAUAGGAUUAAUCCUUGUGAGAGCAAACCUUCUCAGUUUGAAAAGAAUGUGCCAGAAGCGGAGCCUCAAAAAGUUUCUGAUUCAAGUAUUCUGCAUAAGGCCAGUGCUGCAUUGGAAGUCUUAAGGGAUGUACUUGAUGCUGUUGACUUUCAACAUCCUGAGGGAGCAAGGGAUGAGUUCACACUUGAUCUCGUGGAGCAAUGUUCAUUUCAGAAGCAAAGAAUAAUGCAUCUAGCCAUGACUUCUCGGGAUGAAAUGAUUGUUUCUAGAGCAGUUGAGCUCAAUGAACAGCUUGAUACAGUUCUUAAAAGGCAUGAUGCGCUUUUAUCUGCUAAACCAACCGGGAUUUCAACUCAUGCUGACUAUGAACAACCAGAGGAAGAGGAGCCCGAGCAGCUUUCCCGAAGAAUGAGAAAAGGAAAGGCUCUUCUUCAACCCGAGGAUGAAGAUCGCCCAUCGGGAUUGCUGGGAGCAUCCAUUCCAGGGAAUAUGCUGCUGCAUCGCCCACUCAUAAGACCGGUAUCUUCAGAGCAGCAGAAGCAAGAGCGGGAUUUGGGGAGAGCGGCUGCAGCAAUUCCACCUCCACCUGCAAAACAUGCCGAGAGGGAGAAGUUUUUUCAAGAAAACAAGUCAGAUGGUUCUGCCUUAUCAGGUCACAUGAGGGGUCUUUCCUUGCAUAGUCGCAACGCCAGCAGCUCCCGCAGUGGCAGCAUGGAUUUUAGCGAUUGAGCCCGACUGGUAUGGUUCCUAGUUGUCCUCGUUUAACUUUCCCUGGAAUGUGGUAAAAUAUGGGUUUUGUGUACAUUGUGGCUAGUUUUGGUUUCCAUUGGACUUGAGAUGGAGGCAGUUGCUGUUGAGUGUUUGAUGAAUCCUUGUGUUUGGAGGCAUAUGAAUGUUAUGAUGUCCUUUCAUGAAUCUUGGUUUUUGUUUUAUCGUUUACCAGCACAGGGCUCCUUUGGUAUGUAGCUAGGGAAUUCAAAUGACAUCACAAUUUUGAUAUUUAAUUCAUUCUGUGUUGUCCCUUUUGCUUAA